UUCCUCUUUCCUUUCCCUUAACGCAAGGCGGCUGGUUUAUUCUUUCGUUCCCAAUCCCAUGGCGUCUCUGCUUGGCGUUGGUUCUACUAUUCCCCACUGUUACAGCCCUAACUCCGUACCCAAACACUCCCCAAAUAAAGCCCUUCCUCUUCUUCUUCUUCUUCGUCUUCCUUCCUCGGACUUCCUUUCUUCUUAUCCGGUAUGGUCAACUAGGGUCUUGACCCUCGACUACGAGCGCAUCAGCGAGAGGAGAGCGAGGAGGAGACCGGUCGUCAGAGCGGCGGGGGAAAGCAUGAGCACGAUCACUGAGAAGCUGGGAGUGAAGGUUCACAGAAACCCUCCCGAAUCCAAGCUCACCGAACUCGGUGUCCGAAAUUGGCCCAAGUGGGGAUGCCCGCCGAGCAAGUUCCCAUGGACAUACUCUAGCAAGGAGGUAUGCUAUCUGCUGAAGGGAAAGGUGAAGGUCUAUCCGGAUGGGUCGAAGGAGGCGGUUGAGAUUGGUGCGGGCGACUUGGUGGAGUUCCCGAAAGGAUUGAGCUGCACUUGGCAUGUCUCGGAGGCAGUGGACAAGCACUAUUACUUUGAGUAAGGAAAGUUUUACUCUUUUACGAUGAUGAAGAAGAAGAGCCUUUUGGUUCAAGUCUGAGUGGCAGGCAGGCACACUUUGUUUUGUAUGUAUUGCUCCCCUAACUUACUAUUAUGAUGAAAUUAAAAAUGUCUGUGAUGAAGCCUGCCUUUAUAUAUAUAAAAUAAAAUUUCUAUUUA